AGAGUUGUUGUUGCUAAUAAUAAAAAUCAAAUUAUCGUGGGAUUAACCACUGUGACCAAUAAUAAACAUCAAAUUACCAUGAAAAUAGUUGCAGCCACAAAAAUAGUUGCGGGCAUCAGUGAUAAAAACCAAACUAUCACAGAAACAACCAUUGAUACCACUAACCCAUAUGACAAAAAAGACUUUUAUAUUACAGAGGCAACCAUUAAUAUCCAAAAAGUUUUGAAAAAUGGAUGA